AUGGGAGGAGCGCAGCUCGGCUCCUCUUGGUAUAAGAGGUGUUGAACGUUCAACAAGGGAUUUUACACAGCUACUCAGGAGAAACGAGAUGAUCUGCCCUGGAGCCGCAGCAAAAUGCUGGAUGGACACCUACUCCUGGGAUGGUUAUCGUUCACAGUUAUAGUGUAUCUUCUCACCUUGCCCGGACCGACGGCUGCAUAUUUCGGGUUGACAGGUAAUGAGCCGUUGUCUAUCCUGCCUCUGAACUCUCUACCAGAGGAGAACGUGGGCAGGGCCCACUACAAGCUGUGCGACCGGUUAAAACUGGAAAAGAAGCAACGCAGAAUGUGCAGACGUGACCCGGGCGUGGCUGAGACCCUGAGAGAGGCUAUCACCAUGAGCGCCUUAGAAUGCCAGUAUCAAUUCCGCUUUGAGAGGUGGAACUGCACCCUAGAGGGGCGCCACCGAGCCAACAUACUAAAGAGAGGAUUUAAAGAGACAGCCUUCUUGUAUGCCAUCUCCUCAGCGGGCCUGACUCAUGCGCUAGCAAAAGCGUGCAGCGCAGGACGCAUGGAGCGCUGCACGUGUGACGAGGCCCCCGACCUGGAGAAUCGAAAGGCGUGGCAGUGGGGGGGCUGUGGAGAUAACCUCAAAUACGCCAACAAGUUUGUUAAGGACUUCCUGGGCAAACGCUCCAACAAGGACCUGCGGGCACGCGUCGACAUGCACAACACAAAUGUGGGCAUGAAGGUAAUAAAGGCUGGAGUGGAGACCACCUGCAAGUGCCAUGGCGUUUCUGGUUCCUGCACUGUCCAGACCUGCUGGAGGCAGCUCCAGCCCUUCCAUGAGAUCGGCAAGCAGCUGAAGCAGCGCUAUGAGACCUCCAUCAAGGUCGGAAGCUCCACCAAUGAGGCCACGGGGGAGGGAGAGAUCUCCACUGGACGCGGCCAGCAGCAGCAGCAGCAGCAGCAGCAGCAGCAGCAGCAGCAGCCUCCACAACAGCCUCCGCCUGGCCUGAACGAUCAGAUCCCUCGCACUAUGGACCUUCUCCACAUCGAGGACUCACCCAGUUUCUGUAGACCCAGCAAGUACUCGUCAGGCACAGCAGCCCGCAAGUGUUACAAAGACAAGAACUGCGACGCUAUCUGCUGCGGACGAGGCCAUAACACGCAAAGUCGGGAGGUGACACGGCCCUGCCAGUGCCAGGUGCGCUGGUGCUGCUACGUCGAGUGCAAGCAGUGCACACAGAGGGAAGAGGUCUACACCUGCAAAGGGUAAACCGGUCACCUGUCAGCCUGCCUGAUCAGUGGAGCAAUUCAAAUAUGGCUGUUGCUCAGAGGAGUGGUUGAUUUGUUCUCAAACUCGGUUCUGCUUCAGCUGUCAGAACAGCCUUCUGCAAACAAAAGAGGAGCACGCUGAUGGAGAAGCAAUAAGCACUUUGAGGGAUUUUUGUGGGCUGGGUGUCAGACGUCCUGUGGCCCCCGUGUCUGCGGGUGUGCAGUUAAAACAAAAUCUCAGACAACUGGGUCGACAUCUCAAGCUUCUUCUUUUUAAAAAAAAAAAAAAAAUCACAGUUGUGCCUUGAACAGAGAAGCUUUUACUUCCCUAAUGAAAAAUCAAGUUGCAUCACACAAAAAAAAUGCGAUCAGCGUCAAGUUGAUGGAGAUCAAAGACAAAACCGGUCACACCAACAGACUGGUUUCUGGGGCCUUGCCCGAAAGAAGAAUGGUUUGUGUGUGUGUGUUCGUCUAUUUCUACAUGUGUGUGUUUGUAUGUGAGCACAAUAGAGUGAGGGGGAACGGGGGUUGACUGACGACUUUUAUGCAAUGAAAUCCAUAUUCAGAGACUGCUAAAAAGAAAACAAAGACAGGGUGUAAGAUUUACUUUACACGCACAUUUUUACACUCACACAAGUUGUGUGUUUGCAUAUAUAUAUGUAAAUAAAUUCAGGUAUAUUGUAAUGAUAUUAUACAAGCCACUUAUCUAACUAUGUUAAAACAAACCACUAAUCACACAAAUAUGUUUUGUGUGCUCUCGCUCAUCUUUCUUCUUGAUACAUGUCGACAAGGCCCUUUGGAAAGCAGCGCUCUUGUGUCACUUGCUGUGGAUAAUUUAUAGAUCCUUUGGGACUACUCCUUCACAGGGAGAAAAAAAGAUCACACUUUUCUUUUCUUGUUAUAAUAUAAUAUAAUAUGAAGCUGUUAGUGAAUGCAUUAACGGUUAAAUGAAACCAGUCAGUUUAGGCUAUUCUCGGCCUUGAGCGAACCAGUGUUCAGGGAAUAACUUAAACCACUAUUAACUUUUUUUUGGCAGUAAAGGAGUUAAAGAGUGCAAAUACAAAUGAUAACCAAGUUGUAGAUGACAGUUGCCUUGUUAUAACAGCCAAGAUUAUAGCAGCAGGUGAUCACUUGACCAGCCAAUGGUCCACCUGUAACUCAAAGCAGAAGUUGUGGAGAACUUUAGUCUACUUUUUAUUUUAUUUUAUUUUACUUCAAAUACUUUGAAGAUGUAAAGAAAAACUGUGGAGAACUGGAGGAAUGUAGCCCCCUACUAGUUCACAUCCGUCUUUCCUCUUCAGCUGCCACAAUUUGAUUGAGCCAUAUUCAACACACGCAGACAUGCAGCAUGUACAGCAGGAGCUGCAUCGCUCUGAAUAAACAGUACGGGGGCAACCGAGACAGAACUCUAACUUGACGUGUCUGCAGAGUUACUCAAGUGAAGAUGAAUGCAUACGUCUCAUAGCUAAUAUAAAUAUAUUUUAUAGGACUAAUAUUUGUGUAAUGUUCAGGCAAAUUGAUGACUGAAUGCAAACAUUGGGGUUUUGGCAGAUCAUUUGUCUUCAUUCAGAAGUCAGCAAAGUUGUUAUAACACAUGACUGCGUAUUGUUGCCUGGGACACAUUGACUCAUUUAACACAAUGCAGAAUGGUGAACCUUCCCAUGCCAAUACAAUGACAGUUUAAAGGAAUAGUUCAACAUUUUGGGAAAUGCUCACUUUUUUUUUUUUCUUUUUUUUUUUUUUUUACAGAGGUUUAUUAUGAUGCCAACAUCAAGACUGUUAAGUAAAAGAUGAACUUACCAAAAAGAAACAUUUUUUGGUUGUGUUUUAUUGCAAAGCCAUGCUUAUUGGUUGGCUAUAGUUGCAAAUGAGCUGGACUGAUACUCUAACCCCCACCAACAAAGCCAACGUUGGACAGAGCCUGGACACCUGUAUCCACCUGUUCCCUCCUUUAUGUCAAACUAAGCUAAGCUAACUAGCAGGCUAAAACAUCUGACACAUCUUCACCAGACAUAUGAAGAGUUCAUUUGCAAAAACAGAUAAAAACCCAUUCUGAAAAACAGUGCCCUGAAAGUUUUGAUUAGCAUUUUAAAUAGAGCUGUUAUGUGAUCCAAAACCUUUUCUGGUGCACAUACCCAAUGCAGUCUAUGGGGAACUCGGUUAAAGCCUCACACCUUCAGUCUGAAUGAUAUUACCUGAAAUAAACAAUAAAUAAAUAAACCUUUUAGGACAAUUUUUAAAACAGAGUUAACUGCUUUUACAAAUGAAUUCUUCAUAUAUACUUGUACUCUACCCAAUUAGGCCUAUAUGUUUCCCAAAAUGUAGAACCAUUGCUUUAACAUAUAACCAUUAUUUGUGAUGUUUAAGAAAUGCCUUUUUACACAAACAAUGCAGACAGUAAUAUUUUAUAGUUUUCUCAGCACUUGGCUUCUGAGAACUUUAUGUGAUAUCCUAGAAGAUAUGCCUUGUUUUAGAUGGGUGUGAAUUAACUACUGAGUGAGGGACCCAGCUUUGUAUUAUAGCACCAUUUAACGCACUGAAACCCAAAAGCCCUUUAAAGUAUUUUAAGAUCUGUGUUUAUAGAGACAGUGCAGUGCAGAAUCUUUCUUUUUGUAUUUUGUUUUUGAAGAAUUGUAAAUAGUAAAGAAUAGUUUCUUCUCCUGUGGUAUAGAGACAAAAGUGAGGCACAUGUUCAACUCUCACAAGAAACAGAAAUGGGUUAGCAAUAAGUAUUGUUAGGUUGAGACGGCACACAGCUGUGGUUACAGAUUGUAAUCUGCCUUACGGCCCCAUGCCAAACAUCCUUUAAAAGUGGCUUUUACCUUUACAGGCGGGUUAGUCUUUAAAGAUGAUUAUCACAAUAUUCAGAAAUAAACCACCGCCCUCGGCAGGCAUAUCAUGCCUUUGGAUGAGAGCCUUGCAUGGGUUAUUUGUCCCGAGGAGAUGAAUUCCAAGCAUUUUGAUAUGAGAUGGCAUGCCAAAUAAAGACUGGUCAAAACAUAUACAUAGAACUUUGCACGCUACAUGGAAACCAUAAUAGCAUGCUGAGAUUUGAGGCAUAAAUGCCUGCUUCCCACAACUUUCUGUGUGUGUGUGCAAACUUCACACACACACACACACACACACACACACACACACACACACACACACACACACACACACACACACACACACACACACACACACACACACACACACACACACACACACACACACACACACACACACACACACACACACACACACACACACACACACACACACACACACACACACACACACACUCCUGAGGUUCUCCCGUAUUGAACGGAUUCAAAACAGGCAUGACGGGAAUACCAACAUCACACCAAGUACUUUUUUGUUUGUUUAUAGAUUGUACGUAGGCCUAGAAAUUCCUCCCCUGCAAGUGGAGCAUGAGGCAGCAGCCAGUCAGAUUUUCAUAUUCUCCAAUACAAAACUCUGCACUGUUUAGCCACCAGUGGAUCAUGUACAAAAUUCUGUUUUUUAGAGAGAAAAAAGAAAAUAUAAAUUAUUUUAAAUAUAUUAUGAGCAUGUGUUUAGUGUAAAUAACGUCAAAGUCUAAAUUGAUUUUAUAUCCUGUAUUUUUUACUCAUUUUUCUUUUGGUUAUUUGUUCCUCUUUUGGGGUGGAGGCUUCGAGAAGCAGCGUAUACUUUCAACAUAUUUCAGUUCAUAUCUCAUCAUUUGCUGGUAUCUAAGCACUAACACAUCUUCACUAAUUUAGAAUCAACUCAUGUUUAGCUGUCUCUUAUUCCUGUGCACAAUCAUGACCCUUGUUUAAGCAUUCAAACACAAUCACAGUCAUCAACAGUUUAUUUUUUAUAGGAUUUGAUCUGUUUUUAUAAUCAAGCAUUUUGUGAAAAGACUUUAUCAUGUUGGUUUCACCAUAAGAUGCCUUAUGAACUCAUGAUUGCAUCGGUGUGGACUAGUUUAUACUCACCUUUGGAUCACUUUACAUGUACCUUUGGUUAGGAUUUGUGCUGUGCUUGUAAAACAAAGAUAAAACACACAAACCAUGUUUUGCCAUUUGUGAUGAUACAACACAAAGCUUUGUACAUGUUCACUUAUUCAUGUCUUAUGGGAACCCUAAAUUAUUUUCCUCUACCUCAUGUGUAUAGCUUGUAGGUAUAAACAGAUCACAAAUGACUGGUAAGAAUGUAUUUAAGUUAUUUAACAUCUUUGUAUAACAAAGGCGAAAAAAAUCUGAAAUAAAUGAAUUUUUAAAUUA